UGCGGGCGUCGGGGCGUGUGCCUCUGCGGCCGCUUGGGGGCGCUCCUCCAGGCCUCCGGCUCUGCGGAGCUGGUCUGUGCAGGGGGACAGCCAAAGGGUCGCUCGUCGCUGCACCAUGGUCCACCUUACAACCUUUCUCUGCAAAGCGUACCGUGGGGGCCACCUAACCAUCCGCCUUGCCUUGGGUGGUUGCACCAACCGGCCCUUUUACCGCAUUGUGGCAGCUCACAACAAGUGCCCCAGGGACGGCCGCUUCGUGGAGCAGUUGGGCUCCUACGAUCCACUGCCCAACAGUAACGGAGAAAAACUGGUUGCCCUCAACCUGGACCGGAUCCGGCAUUGGAUUGGCUGUGGGGCUCAGCUCUCUAAGCCUAUGGAGAAACUUCUGGGUCUUUCUGGCUUUUACCCUCUGCACCCGAUGAUGAUCACAAAUGCUGAGAGACUUCGGAGGAAGAGAGCUCGCGAAGUUCUCUUAGCGUCCCAGAAAACAGAACCGGAGCCUGGAGAAAGAGAAGCAAGCUGACGUCAGUGCACACAGUUGUGGCUGCAAGGCCAAGGGCCUUCACAACUCUUGCGUAGAACUUUUUGUUGGGUUUAAGAUCAAUAAAUGGGGCCUGGAGAGAUGGCUCAGAGGUUGAGAGCACCGACUGCUCUUCCAGAGGUCCUGAGUUCAAUUCCCAGCACCCACAUGGUGGCUCACAACCAUCUGUAAUGAGAUCUGGCACCCUCUUCUGUAUACAUAAUAAGUAAAUAAAUCUUUAAAAAAAAAAAAAUCAAUAAAUGGAGUUUUCCAAGUCCCAGUCUUCCAGCAUAGCUUGAGCAGGGGUCAGACAGAUUUGUUGUCUGCCCUUAGAGCUGGGUGUGAAUACCUGCUAGGCUUCCUGCCUUACCUUGUGAUUCAGUGGGUACAGGGAGGUUUGGCCUUCAGGAUAGGCCCUGAUCACAUGGGCAACUUGACAGUCCGCUGCCUUUCAGUACUUCCCUGCUUCAGAGCCCUCAACCAGAUGUGCUUGGCCCAUUCAGAUGCUUUCUUUAAGGUGGUGGCACACGCCUUUAAUCCCAGCACUCAGGAGGCAGAGGCAGGCGGAUCUUUGUGAGUUCCAGGCCAGCCUGGUCUACAGAGCGAGAUCCAGGACAGGCUCCAAAGCCACACAGAGAAACUCUGUCUUGAAAAACAAAAACAAACAAACAAACAAAAGAUAGGGUCUUGCUCUGUAGCCCUGGCUGGCGUGGAGCUUGUUACCGCAAUAGCAGUAUCCUGUAUGUGAUCUGUAGACCAGCCUGGCCUUGAACCUGCAGCCAUCCUCUUGACCCUCUCUCCUGAGUGCUGGGAUUACAGGUAGAGCUACUGUUGCCUGGUCCACAUCUUUCCUUUACCACUUGGGAUCCUCCCAAAGGUCAAGAAAUUACCUUGUUUAUUGUUUAUGUUAGUGGAGAUUUUUAUUGUUUUCUUGACGUAUGAUCUCAGGUUUACAGAGAUGGGUUAUAAAAGUUGCUUUGGGACUUUACUACUCUACCUUUUUGUUUGUUUGUGUGUUGUUGUUUUGAGACAGAGUUUCUCUGUGCAACAGCCCAGGCUGUCCUAGAAUUCACUCUGUAGACCAGGCCUCAAACUCAGAGAGAUCUGCCUGCCUAAUACUGGGAUUAAAGGCAUGCUCCACUGCCUUUUAAGAGAGUAGUUAGAAGGAAGCUGAUCCAAAGCCCCUUCAUAUAGUCAACUCUGUACUGAGAAGUUGCUUGUGUAUUACAAGUAUCACAACACAACCGUAGGUCAGUUAUAUCCGUGUUUACAGAUGAGGAGGGAGGCUGCACCUCAAGAGUGGGAAACUUUCAUGUUAAUUUGAGAUUCAGACUCCAUAUGUCUACCUACAAAGCCUUCCUACAUAUAUUGUUGCCUAUGUGAGGGGAAAAGUAGUGAUAAGAAGGCUUUUCCACAGUUAGUGAUAGAGGCCUAGGAGAUGGCUCAGGGGGAAAACCAUGCAGUUCUGAGGUCCUGAGUUCAAAUCCUUAGAACUCAUGUAACAGGAAGUGGAAGAGUCUGCAAUAGCAGUAUCCUAUAGGGACAUGGGAGGGAGAGACAAAGGAAUCUUCAGACACAGGCCAGCUGAUGAGCACCUUGGAAAAACAACGGAGGACACCUUGUCCCAAAUGAGGUCCAAAGUAAAGACUGAUACCUAAGGUCUUCCUCUGGCCUCCACACAUGUGAUGUAGCAUGCAUACGCCAAUGUGCACACAUAGACACAUCAUACACAGAAGAAAAUCAGUGAUAGAGCUGUUGUGUUUAGGUAAGUGAGAGGCUGUAUGAAAUCAAAUCUAACCCGCUUCACCAGAACAAUAGGAUUCUGCAGCUAUAGGUAUGAAUUACACGGUGAGGAGACACUAGCCCACUCGAGCAUGCGGCCCUGGCAGGCCUUCCCCUUCUCCCCAGUUCCUUCUAUCUUGCUGAAAACCUUAGAUUACAUUUCUAAAGUUAUCGACCAAGGUCCAUUCCUUUAUUUGGCCACUUCCUCCUCCUGAGGCUGACUACCAAGGUCCAGCUAUCAAAGUAUCAAAGUACAGCCAUCGAAAGUCCCCUUUGGUUCACCUAAUUAACAUGGCCAGUCAAAAUAUGCCAGGGCCUUCUAAUCCAUUCUAACACGGACCUCCCCUUUUUCUCUUCUUAAAAAUCAUACCUGAAAGGUCAUUUGCUGGUAUUUUCUGCCUGAGUCAGAAAGCAGCCUCUUUAACUUUUCUUCCCCAUUUAAUAAAGGAUCUCUGUGUAAACAGG